AUGGAGGAACAUGAUGGGGAUUCACUAUAUCUGCAACUCCACAAGCUAUCAGCAGCAGCAGCUGAGGAAGAAGAAGUUGAGCACAUCCUAACAACUCUCUGGAAAACAAGAAGAACUGGUCUCCCUUCUCUCGAUAAAUCCCGUUUUCAAUCUCUCCUCAAUCUCCCUUCCCUUCCAGAACUCGAUCCCGUUUUGGCAUGCCUUCGUUCGAUUAUCAGAAAAUCUGUACGGGAGAAUUUCAGCAGUGAUGACCUCUUGAAGCUCUUUCCACCUGAUUUAUCCCUGGAUUUGCAAACCACUCUUAUCACAUUGAUCCAGAAAUAUCAGAAUCAGUGGAAGGAGGAAUCAUCAACAGAAAAGCAUCCGUUGCCGAGGACCAGUGUUUCCUACCAGGUUAGAACUAGUGUACCGCCGUCGUUUACAUGUUUUCAGUCUUCUGAGAUUCCAACACAGCUUUGGCCUCGUCAAGAUGAUGCUGAUGGACGUUUUAAUCAUAAUGGUUUUGGGGCAUCUACAUCAAUCAUUGCUGAUACUGCGGCCUCGUUUACUAUCCAACAUGAUGUUACUCCUCCUGACAAUGUGGCUAAUGUACCUCGCCUCAAAUCAAUGACAUGGACCACAGAGAAUCGCAACUCUUCAGCUUCUAGUAGAGUUGCCAUCGUCACUCUCAAGGCCUUAGGCAUAUUAUGUCACAAAAGAGAGAUUGCUGGCUUAUUGGCAGUUUUAUUGAGUCACUUUCCCCCGAGUUGGAAACAGCAAAGGUUGAACAGGGUGGCAGAGUACUCUAUAUUUCAAGCUGUAUCAGCUCAUGGGUAUUGUUGA